AGCAAUGUCAACGAAGCUCUCCAGUUCUGCUUGUCUUGGCCCAAGCAGUCAUCACUCGAGUGCCUGGUCCCUCUCCUCUUAGCUCCGCCUCCUCUCUCUGGCCCCACACCCCUAGACACAGUACACACAGUCCAGAGCUGUGGCUCAAAGAAAACAAAAGGGACUGCCUGGUUCCUAUGGCUGUGGCCAGCACCUUCAGACCGGGGCUCAACUCUCGGAAGCCUCAUUAUAUCCCAGGGUACACUGGACAUUGCCCGUUCAGCAUGGGCCAGACCUAUGGGCAGAUGACCGGUCAACUACUUCGAGGCCCUCCUGGUCUAGCCUGGCCCCCUGCCCACCGCACACUUCUGCCUCCCAUUCGGCCUCCAAGAUCUCCCGAGAUUCCCAGGCGGAACCCACGUCUCAGGUGUGGCCAUGAGAGGCUCAGCUCCAGCAUGAUCCCUGGGUACACAGGUUUUGUUCCCCGGGCACAGUUCAUCUUCGCCAAAAACUGCAGCCAGGUCUGGGCUGAGGCUCUGAAUGAUUUUACCCAGUGGCACGGCAGGAAAUGGAGUGAGGAGCAGUCAGAGGCGGCCACAGGAGAAAAAGACACAGAGAAUGACCAAGAGCCAGAGCCAGAGCCAGAGCCAGAGCCAGAGCAGGAGGCCGAGAAGCAGAAGGCUUCCCCCUACUCCAUGGAUGACAGAGACCCUCUGAAGUUUUUUAUGUCAGGGUUCACUGGCUACGUGCCUCGUGCCCGCUUCCUCUUCGGCUCCAGCUUUCCUGUGCUCACUAACCAGGCACUGCAGGAAUUUGGGCAGAAGUACUCACGGGGUAGAAUCCAGAAGGAUCCCGAACAUCUCCCUGUACUUCCCAGAACCUACCCUCAGAACCUGGGUCUUUUACCUAACUAUGGGGGCUAUGUGCCAGGGUAUAAGUUCCAGUUUGGACACACAUUUGGGCAUCUCACCCAUGAUGCUCUGGGCCUCACCACUUUCCAGAAGCAGCUCCUGGCUUAGGUACCUGGGAUUCAAGUCCUCCCUUCCCUUUUCAUCCUAUCCCAGCCAUCCUUUUGGAAGAAUGAGUGGUGGGUCGGUGUGUUG